AUGUCAAGUAUCCAAAGAGAGCCAGGAGGGCCUGCUAUUCUACUGUGUAAUGAUCCGUUGUACGGUGGAUUGGGAGGUGAAUUCACAAUCAUCACAGCAUCACAAGUCAAUGGACCUCAGGUACUUCGUCAUGAGCUUGGACAUAGUCUGAUAUCCGUAGGAGAGGAGUAUGAUGGAGGUUGGGUCUACUCAGGUGUCAAUUCAGAUAAGGUGAAGAAUCUGGACAAACUGAAAUGGAAGGAUCUCUUGUCGACUCCCGAGCGAGCGAGAGUGGAAGAUGCUAAAAUGGCAGUACAAGCUUAUCCAUGGUGGGAUCUUGAUUCCGGACUUUUCAAUGUGACUUUCAACUCUGCGAUCAUACCUGAAAAUGACAAUGUAUCGUACCCCACCGCUUUACUACGAACAUCACUUUCGUCCAUUUCUCAUCCUUCUCAUAUCCAUUUCACUCUCAAUGAUGAAUCGAUCAAUUUGAUGCCUUACUUCACGAAGGAUUUAGACGGCUCAUUAGACAGGAGAUGGUUAGAUGUACAAAUCCCUGGCCUGAAAGCGGGCGAGAAUACCAUUAAGGUGGAAUUGACUGAUGAAGGCAAACAAGCUGAAGCUGGACAAGGUGGGAAGAUGUUGACAAGUUUGGAAGUGAUCGAAUAUGGUGAAGAGGGACGGUUUAACCAUACGAUAGGACAUAUUGGGGCAUAUCCGACUUUCGAUAUCAAAGGGCAUGUCACUUUGCGACCAACCAAUGAAGCAUGUCUAAUGCGUAAUGUGACUCAUCCACGAUUCUGUCCGGUGUGUGAGGCCGGUCUGCGAAGAAGUUUAGAAGCAAAGAUCGCUCAUAAACAAGGACCGUAG